UCCCGUCUCACUCACGCCUCCACCUCCUACCUGCUCCGGUUCGACUCGGCUUGAACCCAUGGCCCCGCCCUUCUCCACGACUUCUCAUUUCCCAUAGCGCAUCCAGCACAUGCGACGACCAUGGCGGGGUUCGCGCCGAUUGUGUGUAUUGUCGACUUUCACCAUGCCAGGGGACCAGAGAUAGAGAAAUGGCUAGGAGUAGAGGAGGGCAGCGAUCCUGCUAUCGAGAACGACUGGUCGCUAUUGCCAUUCAUGGCGUUGAGCGAUGGUGCCCACGCCUCCAGCGAAGACUACUCGUACUUUACUCUCCGCCGCGCUGCUACUGACAGCAAUCCCGCUACAUCCCUCUUCGGUAUAUCGUGUACCCGCCAGUUAGACGCCGCCGAGCUUAUAAACCGCCCGCCCGAAGUGACGCGAAGCACCGUGCAAAAGGCUGUCGUGGUCAUUAGCGACAGUCCGCAACAUUUUGGUGCCGUCAAAGCACAGCUGGGCGUUGUCACAGCCGCUUGGUUUGCACAAAAAGAUUUCACCGAUCUCGACAUCAUGCAAAGAUUCCAAGAAAGUCUAGCGACACUGUUAAAAAAUCAAGAAGGUGAAAUGGACCACUACUUUGGUAUAUCGCUUCGCGAACUCAUUUAUGAGUUCAAGUGGCAAACCCUUGUUCUCUUGAAAUGCGCCCUACUUCAGCCAAAGAUGCUCUUCUUCGGCUCUCAUUGCGAACGUCUAUGUAUGAUGCAAUUUGCCAUCAUUUCUCUGAUACCCGGCCUCAUUCGCCAUCUCCAAGAUUCCGCGGACCCCAAAUUCAACGCAGCAGAAGCAAAGCUUGUCCUGCCUACUUCCCUGAAAACAUCCGAACGGUCUUCUUUGCUCACCUACAUGGGUCUUCCAUUACAGCUCUUCGGGAAGGGGUCUUUGUUCGGACCCUACACGCCCCUUCAACAGCUCGACAUGCUCGCAGAUCAAGACACCAAGUCUUACAUUGUCGGCUCAACGAACUCACUUUUGCUGCAACAGAAAGAUCGCUAUAGCGAUAUACUAAUCAAUCUGGACGAGCACACCGUCACCGUCACUUCUGCAUCUCUGCGCCAAGCCCUUGUUCUUUCCACCCCCGACCGAAGAUGGAUCGAUUUUCUUACCCAGACCGUGCUCGACACAUGGGAUGAAUCUAAUCCUAGCCGACCCAAAGAUCAUGGCUAUGCUGGAAGCGAAGAGUUCAUUCGUAUGCAGUUUGAGGAAUACUUGCUCGCAAUGCUUAGCGCUGUGAAAUACAAAUCCUACCAAGAUAAAAACAAGGACAGAGAGAUUAUCAUCUCGGAUUUUGAAGGAGAUCCCGCCAGCGAAUUUUCCAAUGACUACAUACACGCAUGGAUGACCACCGAAAACUAUCGUAUCUGGAACAAAUUCACCGACUCGCACCUUUUCGAUAUUGCAGAUCCGAAGCAUCCGUGUUCGGGUGGUCUGAGCAUAGAGGAUGUUCAAAGGCGACUAGCGCAGCAGGUAGCAGAAAUGCAUCUUGACGAGCGCUUACAUCACUCACGUGAAGCCAUCGGCAAACAACUUGCAGUUGGCCAAAAGAAGGUAUCAUCUGCAUUCAACAACUUGUGGGCAGAGAUGGAGGCCAUGAGGGAAGCGAACAGGAAAAGGCAAGAAGAGCAACGUCUAGCCAAAGAAAAGGAAGCUAGUCGACCAUCUAGCCCAGCUAGCAACAGACAGAGUGUUGCGUCUGCUGCAAAAUGGAAAACUCAGGCGCCAGAUCUUAGUCAAGCUCAAGCCAAUUUGCAUGCAGCGUCCAAUCGCGCUGGUGCCUAUCUUUCUUCUUGGGGAGCUUGGGCCAGUGAGAAGAAAAAGGGAUGGGGUGCCUCGAAGAGUGCAUCGGGAACGCCUGCCACGUCCCCUCUGCCAUCUCCGUUGCCCGGUGACAUCAAACAGGAUGAACACAGUCAAAAAGAGAAGGAGAUGGUGAGGUCUAGUGCGCCGCCGGGUUCCCUUGAAAAGGUGCCCCUUGAAAUGGAGAAUGACUCAUCUUUGGUGAAGAGGGAGAGUUUAUUCUUUGACGCAGAGAAAGAAGAGAGCGAGAGACUAUCUGGUAACACUACAGAAAAGGGCGAAUGGGAAGAGAUUGAACUGGGGAAAGAGAAGAAGGAGUCGCAUGAAGACACGAAGAAAGAGAAGGGCGAUUGGCAAAAGAUUGAAUUGGGAGACGAUAGCAAAAGGGGUGGAGAGAAACACGAGGAUUUGGAAGGCAUGGAUGAGAAAGCGGAUAGCAAUGGAGCUCGGAAAGAAGAGCAGAUGCGAGAUCCUGAGCAGGAUAAGAGUGGUAGCACGGCCGUAUCUAACACAUAGAAUUGACUUCAAUGAAUUGAUUUGUUAUAUUCGCUUUAUAUGUAGGAGCUGUUGUCUCGUACUGUAGACAAGUAAACAAGAUGUAUGGGACAACACAAGGCUUGUAAUCAAGGCAUCGAGUUGAAACACAAGUCAUUUUACACCUCAGGCAUGAUGUUCUGCUACAAUAGGCCACACGUCAAACGCAAUACAUUC